AUGAAAGGAAGGGCCUAUGUAAUGAUCUUCUUCUUCUGGGCUCUUCUCACCAUUAUCACCCCAAUGCUUGUUAGCUGGUCUCAAGCUCUCAAAGAACAUAAAAUCAAGGACUCGGGUCCAAGGAGAAUGAUGGGAUAUUCAGUAGAAAUGUAUUUAACAAGAGAGAUAGAAGAAGAGGAGUUGGUUAUGGAGCCUUCAAUGGCGCCUACGCCUGAAGAAAGCCUUGUUUUGCCUUCCACGAAUCAAACUUCAAUGCGGAUAAAACAAGAAGAAGGAUUAGUCACUAACGAAACACAACCCAUUAGGUUGCAAUAA